GGGAAAAAGUCUCUGAGUAGUCAAUCCCAUAUGUUUGGGCGUACCCUUUUGCUACCAAUCGUGCUUUAUAUCUUUCAAUAAAUGUCCCAAGAGUUUUUAGCUGAUCCUUCAUCCCCACCUUCAUUUACACAAUUAUUAUUUCUUGAACUAAUAUCCCAUUCACUUACUCUGAAAUUCAAAUAAAUUAAAUGAACAUUAAUCCUGCAUGAUCAUGCCAUAGGUUCCAGCAAACUCCGACGAAACCACUAUUCAUUUUAAAUCAGAUACCACUACCAUGGCAGACUAUGUUAAUCGCCGCGAUACCAUAGCGAAGGAAACAAAUAAUAAUGCUAAUUACGCCACGUCUGUUGAAGAUGUAGAGCUAGCUGAACACAACGUGAAUUAUUUUGCAUAUGAAGGGUACAAGGUUGAUUCCACAACGUCAUCUCCGAUCCAGGAAAGUCCUAACUUCGAGUCACGACCUAUGCGGAGGUCUACUGCUAGCCGCCGCAGCUCUGGCGCGGGUCAUGGUGGAGAAGAAGUGGUGGUUUGUUCAGCAAAUGCCGCAUUUAAGAGAACCUCGACUUUGUUGAGGAUGAAAACAAAAUCUAGGUUAUCUGAUCAGCCGGAUUUUAAUCUGAGGACAUCGGGAUCAGGGAAUGGAGUUGGUGAUAUCGAUGAAGAUGAUUUGUUGAUAGAUGAUGAUUUGCCAGAUGAGUACAAGAAGUUAAGGUAUAGCAAAUGGACUUUACUUCAAUUAAUCAGUUUGAUACUGAUAGUUGGUUGUUUAGCUUGCACACUAGCAAUCCCAAGGUUCAGAAACAAAGAUUUGUAUGAUCUUGAUUGGUGGAAAUGGGAGGUUAUGCUGCUAGUUGUGAUAUGUGGGAGAUUGGUUUCUGGAUGGGUGAUUAGGAUCUUGGUGUUCUUCUUAGAACGAAGGUUCUUGUUACGAAAACGAGUUCUUUAUUUUGUUUACGGGUUAAAAAAGGCAGUCCAAAACUGUAUUUGGUUAACCUUGGUCUUGAUCGCGUGGCAAUGUAUAUUUGAUAAAAAGGUGAAGCGGAUGUCGUAUGGGAAGAAGGUUUUGCCACGUGUAACCGCGAUUUGGAUCUGUCUUUUGGUGGGGACUCUUGUUUGGUUACUAAAAACUUUGUUGAUUGAAGUUCUUGCUUUGAAUUUCCAUGUGAGCAAGUAUUUUGAUCGGAUUCAAGACUCUUUAUUUAACCAAUUUGUGAUCGAAACACUCUCAGGCCCGGUUGUGAUUGGGAUUCAGAAAGAAUACGAAGAGGAUGAUUGGGGGAUGGAAGAUAUAGAGAAGCUUGAGAAUAUUGGAACACCAAGAUCUAGAAUUGCGAUGGUUGGUAAAACAGAAGUUAACGUUCCUAAGAACAGUGACAAAUACAAUGGGAUUAGGAUUGAUCAGUUGCAUAGGCUGAAUCAGAAUAAUAUAUCUGCUUGGAAUAUGAACAGGAUGAUGAAUGCUAUAAACACGAGUAUAUUAACCACAGUUGAAGAACAAUUUCAAGAGGCAAUCAGCGAUGAAGAUGAGACCUUUAUGCAUAUAACGAGCGAUAACGAGGCUAAAGUUGCAGCCAAGAAAAUAUUUUGCAACGUGGUAGAGCCACGCUCCAAGUACAUAUAUCUUGAGGAUUUGAUGCGGUUUUUUCCUGAAGAUGAAGCUUUGAAGAUGAUUAGACUCUUUGAUGAAGCAAGUGAGACAAAAGGAAUUAGCAAACAAGCUCUCAAAAAUUGGGUGGUAAAUGUAUUUAGAGAGCGUAGAGCUCUUGCACUAUCACUCAAAGACACAAAAACAGCUGUGGACAAGCUCCAUCAGAUGUUGAAUGCCGUUGUAGGAAUCGUAAUAAUCGUGAUUUCGCUUCUUAUCCUUAAAGUGGCGACAUCCCAGUUUUUCAUAUUUUUAAGCUCACAACUAGUUUUGGUAGCAUUUGUGUUUGGAAACACGUGCAAAACAAUGUUCGAGGCCAUCAUCUUUUUGUUCAUAGUGCAUCCGUUUGAUGUUGGUGAUCGUUGCGAGAUCGAUGGCGUCCAGAUGAUAGUUGAAGAGAUGAAUAUAUUAACAACGAUCUUCUUGAGGUACGAUAAUCAGAAGAUAUCAUAUCCAAAUAGUGUGCUUUCGACUAUGCCUAUCGCUAAUUACAACCGUAGUCCCGACAUGGGGGAGGCUAUUGAUUUUUGCAUCCAUGUAUCAACUCCUGCUGAAAAGGUUGCCAAAAUGAAGGAAAUGAUAACAAGCUAUGUGGAGAAGAAAAGCAGCCAUUGGCAACCUCGGCCCGUGAUCGUAGUGAGGGAUGUUGAGGACUUGAAUAGACUCAAAAUGUCAAUAUGGCUUUCGCAUAGAAUGAAUUUCCAAGACAUGGGUGAAAGAUGGAAAAGGAGAGCUCUUCUAAUGGAGGAGAUGAUCAAGAUUUUCAAAGAUCUUGAUAUUGAGUAUCGUAUGCUCCCACUAGACAUCAAUGUCCGCUAUAUGCCCGAGUUAACUUCAAACCGAUUUCCAUCAAAUUGGGCUGCUUGUGCUACGUGAUAUGCCAUGAAAACAUCAGACUCGUGUUCUUGUUGAAGAACAUAUUAUGGAAAAGGUAGUCAUGCAUGUGUAGAUCGAAUGUUCUUGUAGUAGACGUUAUAUCACUAUUAAAUAUGUGAUAAUAAACUCUGAUUAUAUUAUCAUAUUUAGCAAAGCCUUUGGAGUUAAAGUAGAGCUUCCUUUGAAGUUCAGGGGUCCGAGGAUCGGGAAACAUUGCCUCUAAAAAUAAAUUAGUUAGGAAUUGAACAAAAAUCAGGCACUAUUGAAAGUAAACAUAUUUGACAAUUUUUAAUCUGGUUUAUCAACUAAUCAAUCCUGAUUCUUUAGCUAAAAACUAGACAUAGUGAAAAAAUAAAUUAUACGUACAUUGAAUAAACUAAUUCGAGUCCCAAGCGACAUUGUUUGAUAAAU